CAUAACCCAUCCAAAUUCCGAAUCGAUUCUACCGAUACCGACGCCACAGUUUUUUGAUCUGCUCGAACCGCUAUGAUUGCUGUUCUGUAGGUAGCAACAAGGAAACGACACAGGGAUCCAUACCGUACAUUACCGUACGGUGCCACACAUUGCUUGCUGCGAGCACCCGAACCGAUCGAAGAUGGCCCCCGCGGAAACCGACGCAGCUGCGAACACGGAGGAAGAUCCUCCGAUGUUUUCGAAAUGGAGGGAAUUCAACAUCAACGACGAGGCAAGGGACGGCGAUGGCGGAGCCGGUGGCGAAAACGAGGAAGACACCGCGGGCCUCUUUUGCAUGUUCGACGAGGAGGAGGACGUCUACGAGGACGUCCGAUACGACUAUCCGUCGUUCUUUGCCGAAGGGGAUGGAGCGUCGACCACCACGACGGUGACGAUUCGGCACCACGGCGCGUAUCCCAACUCGACGGGCCUGGCCGUUUGGCGGGGGGCCGAGUUCCURGCCCGGUUUCUCUGCGACGCCCAGCAAGAGGCGGACCGCAAAGCCGGSCGCGAGGAGGACGGCGGAAGCGGCAUCGGGGUGGCGGCCGUGCGUGGCAAGAAGGUGCUAGAGGUCGGAGCCGGGGCCGGCCUGCCCUCCAUCGUGGCCCAUUCCGUCCUCGGCGCGGGAAGGGUGCUGGUGACGGACGGAGACUUUGACGCGCUCAACAACAUGAAGCACAACGUCGACGCCAACCGCAGCAGCAACAGCAGCAGCAGCAGCAGCAGCAAAAGCAACAACACCAUUGCCUGUCUGCAACUGAUAUGGGGAACCACCCACGCCGAGCCGAUCCUCGAAACGCACGGGAAGCAGGACGUCGUCCUGAUGGCGGACUGCGUCUACAUGGUUCCGAGCCUCAAGCCCCUGUGGGAGACCAUCGACCUGCUGCUGGACACCGACGGGGUSGUCGUCUACGCCCAGACGGCGGCGAGUGCCGUCCCGUGGGAAGACUUCCGGGCCGCCCUGGACCGCCACGGGUUCGAAACCAUCCACCGCGUGGCGGGCACGGCGGCCCUCUCGCCCUACGAGGCCGCCGACAGGGGCAGCGAGAGCGGCAGCGAGAACGAAAACGAGAACGAAAACGAGAACGAGGUCGUCAACAACCCCGGGGCUUCCAAGGAGGAAGAGGAAUACGAGCGCGGGAUCUAUGUCUUUCGGCGCCGGCGCCCUUGAAAACGAAGCAACGAAACGAAACGAAACGAAACGAAACAAAACAACCAUGCAAACGAACAGAACGCUUGCCGUGCCGCCGCUGAGUGCCCGAUUCCCAUGGUGUGAGAAGUUCGGGAAAAGAGGUACCCGGUUUGAAACUAGGUGCAAUAGUGUCGAACUUUUCGGAGACAAAAGGACUCUGGUAUGAAGAGAAGGAGAUUGUAUUGUCUUCUAUCCGUUUUCGGAGCUUGGAACAGUGCACACAAAACUUCAAACUAUCGAUGUCACUUUGAAAGUAGGGACGCUAGACGGUGAACGAUUUYUCUACUACUUUUGGACAAAAGUUGGAAACGAAGAAGAGCGUUUCAGGGACAACGGCGAGGGCCGAUUCUGGUGAUCGAUCCUUUCUUACGGUACGCGGUUCGUCCCGAUUACUUUUCGAACGGGAAAGAAUUGGAUGACAACCAUUCCUCCGUAUUCCAUCUCUMRGCGACGAAAAAAGCCARCUGAGAAGGCGCGACAGUUUCUUUCUGRAAAGCUUCAAAACCUGGAAUCAAUCGUUGAUACUCGGACCUAUCAUCUUCUACUGGGUUCUGUUACCAGUAGAAGCCUAGCAAAUGUUGGAAGACGAACGCCGGCAUUCUCUAUAGGAUUAGCGGYAAAGGGCURUUGGAAAAAWUUCAGGGAUGGYAAUCUGCCUCGAAUGUCGAUUCCMCCUGUUUCUUCUUCUUGUCCAACCCUAGUACUAAUGAUCAGUCAAGAAGCUCCACACAAUGGCUGUGGUGUACACCACAAGAUUCUACAGAAAGCUUUUAAUGCUCAUGCAAUCCGCUCUUCCAUACAGGCAUUGCAGAAGAGGGCAACAGCCCUAUCUAAGAAUACCCCUUCUAUUCCAGUGGCGAAUCACCAAAAGGAAAGCCUCAGGAUGCAACGUGUUUGCCUUGGAUUCAGUAGUACUCUGUGACAAUUGGAUCUGUAGCCACCAGAUCUACCUGACCCAGCCGGUUAAGAAUGGCAAURCCAAUUCGAAAUUCUAGCUAUGAUCAACACUGCACAGCAGCAGUCUCUUCUAAACCAUUGUAACGUACUACUACUAAGCUACUACUAGUACUAGUACUUCUUGGUACUACUAGUACUGCAGUACUACUACUACUACCAAGAAUCAGCGGUUCUUGCUUUGGUAUCUUCAUAGAUUCCAACUAUUGCAGAAUUUAUGUUUCAACAACCAGCAUUAUUUAUUUCCUUCAYAUGAAUCAAAGGUGAAAUAGUAUUGUACUAUGGUUCUUUUUCCUUGACCACCACUACUACUGAAACAAGAAUGUGACAAUAAUAAUAUUGCUACACU